CGCCUUGCCUCUGAGAUUUUCCGUGCGUCUCACCUGCCCUCGUGCGUGCCGCAGCGGGAAUUCUACUUCUCACAUCAGUGGUCACUCUUCAACAUUUUCGGCUCUAUCGCUGUGCCGUUGUGUGUGGUAGUACUACCGACUUCCCCAGUGUGUACUCUACGCUGAUUUUUUUCCCCUGCAAUGCCUAGCUGGAGGAGAAAUUUGACUUUCUGCUUGCAGAGAAUGCACGACGACGAUGACAGCCCUUACUCAAAGGGAAAUAAGGACUCAGCAGGGACAGAGAACUCCCUCACCUCCCACAGACAGAGCAUCCCAGAGCUGCGGGGGGUGACGCUGGUGGAGCUGCUGAAGAAGGAGGGCAGCACGCUGGGCCUCACCAUCUCAGGAGGCACCGACAAGGACGGCAAGCCCAGAGUCUCCAACCUCCGGCCCGGGGGACUCGCUGCCAGGAGUGACCAGCUGAACGUGGGCGACUACAUCAAGUCGGUGAACGGCAUCAACCUGACGAAGUUGCGGCACGAGGAGAUCAUCAGCCUGCUGAAGAACGUGGGCGAGCGGGUGGUGCUCGAGGUGGAGUACGAGCUGCCGCCAGCCGCGCCAGACAGUACCUCAGGUGUUAUAUCCAAGACAAUCGAGAUAUGCUUGCACAAGGAAGGCAACAGCUUCGGCUUCGUCAUGCGAGGAGGCUCGCACGAGGACUGGCACAAGUCGAGACCCCUGGUGGUGACGUACGUCCGUCCAGGAGGACCUGCCGACAGAGAGGGCACCCUGCGGGCAGGCGACCGGUUGAUGAGCGUAGACGGGGUGCCCCUGCACAGUGCCAGCCACAGCGAUGCCCUCACCGUCCUCCAGCAGUGCGGCCAGGAGGCGCUCUUUCACAUCGAGUACGACGUCUCCAUCAUGGACACAGUCACAAACGCCUCCGGUCCUCUGCUGGUGGAGAUCGCCAAGUCUCCGGGGGCAUCGCUUGGCAUCACGCUCACCACUGCCACCUACAGGAGCAAGCAGGUCAUCGUCAUCGACAAGAUCAAACCGGCCAGCGUCGUUGACAGGAGUGGGGCGCUGCACGUGGGCGAUCACAUCCUGUCCAUAGACGCCACGAGCACCGAGCACUGCUCCGUGCUGGAGGCCACCCAGCUACUGGCCAGCACGUCGGACCAGGCCAAGCUCGAGAUCCUCCCCGCCCAUCACAACAGACUGCCCAACAAGGGCACUGACACUGUGAAGGUCCUGAAGAGUGACCACCCUCACUCGUGGGAUCCGUGUGUGAACUACUGCCAUGCCCAGCACACGGGCCACUGUAAGACCUCCACGUGGAGCACCUCCAACAGCCAGGACUACUGCAAAUCUGUGGUGUCCACUAACUUCUCUCCGGGCUCCACCACCACCUCUGGGAUGACCAGCCAGACGUCCAGCACGUUGCCCCGCACCUCACACCCCCCGAUGAGCCCCCGCAACUCCAUGCUGAAGAGGAGGCAGCGGCAGAAAGACCACAAGAGCUCAUUAUCUCUGGCCUCGAGCUCGGUGGGUCCGGGUGGGCAGAUCGUGCACGUGGAGAGCAGCGAGGUGACUCUCGGAGGAGAUCCGCUCAAUGGCUUCGGCGUGCAGCUGCAGGGAGGCAUCUUCGCCACCGAGACGCUCUCUGCACCUCCGCUCAUACGCUUCAUCGAACCUGACAGUUCCGCCGAGAGGUGUGGGCUGCUUCAGGUUGGCGACAGAGUGCUGUCCAUCAACGGUAUCCCAACUGAGGACGGAACUCUGGAGGAGGCCAAUCAGCUGCUACGAGAUGCUGCUCUGACCAAUAAGGUCACUCUGGAAGUGGAGUUUGAUGUAGCAGAGUCUGUUGUACCAAGCAGUGGUACUUUCCAUGUGAAGCUUCCCAAGAAGAGAGGCGUCGAGCUGGGAAUAACUAUAAGUGCGAAUAAGAAACCGGGGGAACCAUUGAUCAUAUCAGAUAUUAAGAAAGGAAGUAUGGCUCAUAGAACAGGGACACUGGAGCCUGGGGACAAGCUGCUGGCCAUCGACAACAUCCGGCUGGAGAACUGCGCCAUGGAGGACGCCAUGCAGAUCCUGCAGCAGAGUGAGGACCUGGUCAAGCUGAAGAUCCGCAAGGACGAGGACAACUCUGAUGAACAGGAGACGUCCGGCUCGAUCAUCUACACGGUGGAGUUGAAGCGCUAUGGCGGCCCGCUGGGCAUCACCAUCUCAGGGACAGAGGAGCCCUUUGACCCCAUCAUCAUAUCAGGGCUCACCAAACGCGGCCUGGCCGAGAGGACGGGGGCGAUCCACGUGGGUGACCGCAUCCUGGCCAUCAACAGCGUGAGCCUGAAGGGCAAGCCCCUGAGCGAGGCCAUCCACCUGCUGCAGAUGGCCGGAGAGACCGUCACCCUCAAGAUCAAGAAGCAGAUAGACAUGUCCGAGGAGAAGAAGCGGAGCGAUGCGGAGACGGAGCUGAGCGACAACGAGGAGGACGAGAUGACCGACUCGCAGAAGACCAACAAGCUGUCGGAGAUCUACUCCACCACCAUCCCCAGCGUGGACUCGGCCAUGGAGUCGUGGGACGGCUCGGGCAUCGACGCCGGCUACGGCAGCCAAGGGACGUACGGGCACCAGGUGGCUGGCAUGGCUCUUCAUCCUCAUGAGUGGCGCAGUGCCAAGCAGCGGAACGCUUCGCCACCCCCUGCCCGCCGCAAGAACUACCCGUUCAGCGACGGAGGCUUCAGCGAAGACGACUGGGACAAGCCUGCAGGGUUUAUGGGCCCACCCCAUGGAGAGGGCAUCGUGCUGGACCAGGAGGAUCCGUUCUGGUGCCAGGCACUGGAGGACCUGGAGACGUGCGGCCAGUCGGAGCUUCUGAGGGAGAUCGAGGCCUCCAUAAUGACGGGCAGUGCCCUGAGCCUGGGCGUGGACGGGCACAAGCCCCCCCACGGGGACCCGCUGGGCCCUGUGGGCCUGAGCCCUCUCCAGAAGGGCCCGCUGCUGCACGAGGGCAAGAGCAAGAACACGCUGCGCGUCUCCGACAAGACGUGGGAGUCGCGGCGCAUCAAGGAGGAGAUGCAGGAGAUCCUGUCGCCCACACCGCUGGAGCUCCUCAAGGUUACCGUGAUGAAGGAUCCUGAGCGAGAUGACUUUGGCUUCAGCGUGUCAGAUGGCUUUCUGGAGAAAGGCGUUUACGUCAACAUGAUCCGACCCGACGGCCCCGCUGACCGCUCCGGACUCAAACCGUUCGAUCGCAUCCUCCAGGUGAACCACGUGCGCACGCGGGACUUCGACUGCUGCCUGGCGGUGCCCCUCAUCACCGAGGCGGGCGACAAGCUGGAGCUGGUGAUCAGCCGCAAUCCGCUGGCACAGAGCUCGCCCACGCCGCCGCCCACGCUGCUGCCGCACGAGUGCCACGAGCUGCCCGCCAACAUGGCGCCCCUCGGCCGAGAGCACCUGCACCACACCAACACCAUGGACCUGUGACGGCGAAGAGGAGAACUGCAGCCCCUGUGUCACGCUCCCAUCGCAAAUAUGGCACU